AUGAAGCCCAACGUAAGUCUCGAUGAUGUCUCUUCGCACUCUAUUGCCAUGUGCUCGGCCGCAUCUGAAGGCAAUUUAGAAGCAAUACGCCGAUUGCAUGAGGAACAUGCUGCUGAUAUUAACGCAUUGGAUUCGAAUAUGCGAACGCCGUUGCAUCUUGCCGUAAGUAAGAAAGAGGUAGAGAUGACGCGAUACUUAUUGCAGUGUGGAGCCAACGUCAAUGCAUUGGAUCGAUGGGGACGCUCCCCCAUUGAUUAUGCAAUGGAGACGAAGAAUAUCGCCAUUGUGCGGGUACUGGAACGUGAACAUUACGGCCGUUUUUCAUUGAUUGAAGAUAAUGCGAUGUCAAGUGGCAACACGAGGAAGACGAGACGCCAUCACUCGAAUGUUGAUGAUAUCAAGACUUAUUUUCAAGCCGUAAACGAGGGAAAUAUUGAGCAAAUAAAGCGAUCAUGGCUUAGCGGCAUGGAAGUUAAUGUAGUAGAUGAGCUUGGACGUACGUCGCUACAUGUUGCUAUCGAGAAGGGUCAAGUAGGAGUCAUUGAGUUGCUAUUGUCCGCUGGGGUAAACAUUAACCAGGUGGACGCAAAAGGAAGGUUACCAAUUAGCAUUGCACAGGAAAAGCAUGAGUUUGCCAUUUCUGAGAUGCUACGUGCGUAUCAGAAGAAGGAACGCACGAGUCAUGAAAUUAUGAGCAGCGAAGAGGAGCAGAAUGUUGCAUUAGCGUUUCGAGUAACGAAGCAAGGCGAUACUGAAAAACUUCAACGAUUAGUGCCAGAAAUAGUGCGACCGGAUAUAGAAGAUUAUGACCUGCGGACGUUGCUUCAUGUCGCUAGUGCCGAAGGCCAUUUGCAAAUUGCCAAACAUUUAGUGGAUUGUGGCGCCAAUGUGAACUCGCUAGAUCGAUGGGGGUCCUCGCCCUUGUCGGAUGCCGUGAAUUUCGCUCACAACGAGUUGGCCAAGUUUCUUAUUGCAAAUCGUGCUACAGAGAGUGGUUUCAAAGCUACAGUAGCUGUCGACGACAUCGACACUGCAACGCUGGCUGGAGCUCUGGAUUUUACGCUUCGAGUUAUCACACGGGACCCAUGGCUGAUUGGUCAAGUGCAUUGUCCAGUGCUAGACGACGACGGCAACUGUAUUCUUGUUGCGCAUAGUCUCUGGCAAAAGAGCUGCUUGGCUUUUGAACGACAGAGUAAAUUAGUGCUGUCUCCAAGAGCAUCUAACAACCGUCCUAUUACUAUGGCAUCCUUACGGGCUGAUGCUAUUCAGAUGUACCGAAAGGUGUCGUCUACUGUAAUGAUUGAUCCUGGCCAGGGUCACAUUGGAAACGUCUUCAGCGGGCAGCACCCAGAGUGGCUCGAUUUACACGCCGUGCAACAGUCGCAGUUCUUCCUACUUCCGCAUGCUCGACGAGCAGGAAUUCAAACAGUUGUCUCUAUCCCAAUGAUUUGCAAGAUGUCGACGGUUGCAGUGCUGACUUUGUCCUCCGACCGCGCUAUGACUGAAGACAGGCAUGAAUUGCAGCGCAUCCAGCGGGUUAUUCGCUCGGUGGUGAUGCUCUCCACACUUCGACAGGAAUUGCUUAAUGCCGCCUCUUGUAACAUUGGUGUGGGGCGUAUUCCUCGAUUCCAGUACUGUCAAAUUCUGGAUGACGCUAUCACAGCGAGUGGAGAGUUAACGGACUUAUCCACUUUGCGCAAAGAAGACUUGAAUGUUUGUGAUACUACUCCGCUCGCGCUUGAAUGGGGAUUGUUUGACAUGGUUGACACGCUGGCUACCUCGGUGAGUAGCGAAGACCACGCAGCAGUGGUUCCGAUCUUGCGCUCAUUAGUGAUGCUGCUACAUAAAGGGCUUUUUAAUGAUGUACUACGCGAUCAUAACCGUGGUGAAUAUCACGAGCAUAGCGGCAACUCAUUUCUGAAGCACUUGGUUGAGCUGUGCGACGGCAAGAUUCGCACCAAAUGGGCCUUGCUGGGUCAUGUCAAGUACUAUGUGCAGUAUCUCUAUGCUGUAACUCCCACCGAGGCAGAACUGUUCGCUGAUGUCCACGAGCUCUUCGACAAAGUAGAGCGAUGCGUUAAGAAGCAAUCUGCGGGUGGCGUCAGCUCCGGUGACACCGACGUUACGGAGACAAAUGCUGGUCAGACAACACUACCUCCUGCCGAGUCUACACCAGCUGCAGCCCUCGAAUGUGUCCUGUGCAAGUAUAACGUUCCAGGGCACAUUCACCCGGGUCGAGAGCCAACUCGAGCAACACCCGCUCCGGAAAGAACGCCUCAAUUUCAGACCAAAACUUACGAGAGUCCACAAGGCGAGAAGUUUUUUGGUCACAUCGAAAGCCCCAAGUCGCCAGUGUAUCGGCAGAUUGAGCAGCUGCUAGAGAAACUUGAGGGUGAGUAUGACACUUUCAAGCGGAAGGCCGAACUUGCUGAUUGUUACGACGAAGGUAAAUCAGUCGCAUUUACUGUCAGUGAUUUGUAUGACGCCAUCGGCUUUGCACAUGAUACUCCGGUCACCUGCAGAAGAUCAUUAACCGACAACCCUCGAAUAACGCUGCUGGAUGUAAUCAAUAAGAUUAUGCACGACACGUCAUGUGUAAUUACGCGUGACCAUCUCUUCGCGUUGCACCAGUGUCUCCUUCCGGUCUCAAGCGGUCAAGCUGGAAUUCUUCGAACUACUUUUGCCGUCGGAUACGCAUCAUCUCGGAUUUAUCGGGUAUUCAUUCCAGCUGGAGAGAUUGAAGACGCGCUCGACAAUUUCAUCCAUAAGCUCAAUGAUGUCAAUACUUGGACGCAUCGCCCUCUACUCUGCGCUUACUAUGCGUUCGCAGUGCUCGUAUUUUACAUUCACCCUUUCCACGAUGGCAACGGACGUUGCGCUCGAUUGCUAGGAAACUUGGUAUGCAAGAAACUCGGCUUCCCGCCGUUGCUGCGUGCUGCCGACAAAACGAUGCAACUGGCGGAAUUUUUGCAAAAAGCGAUCGUGACGAUGGAGAUCAUACGCAAUAGUCGUCGUCAAACUCGCCAGACACGGGUGCUAUCUACUCGCAAAGAAAAUUCCUCAAUGUGGUUUUAA